AUGAAAAUAUCAAAUAGAAUUAAUUAGUAUAUAAUAAAUACUCUUAAUACAAAUAUAAUAUUGCAAAUAUAACUGUAUUGAUCUUAAUCAUAAUAUAGUGUUUGUUUAAGCUUAACAAUAUUUAACGAAGUACAAUGUGACAACUGACUUCUUUAAACUGAUUUAAGAUUUAAAGUUUCGUGGAGGAAAUAAAUUUCUUUAUUGAGAACUAUUCUUUCGUUUUACAAGCGAUCCAUUUCUAACAAAAUCAGAUUAAGAAAAUUUAUAUAUUUUAUUAGAUAGAUCCCAAAAUGUAUUAAAAGAUUUUAUUCUUUAAUUUAAACAAUUCAUUAUGAUGAUUAUUUAUUAACAUAAAAUUAUAUAGAUUUGCUAGAAUUUGUUUUGGUUAAUGAAAUGUGUUCUUAAGUGAAUGAAGUAUUAAUAUUGAUUAAUUUAGAUCUUUAAACCAUUAAUGGAUUAAUAUUAUAUAACAUCAUUUAGAGGUAUUCUAUCGAAAGGGAUGGUUCCUGCUCCUU